CGUUACGAUGCUGCCACGUGGAUCCCAUGUCCUAUUCCGGACUCCUCUCCACCACUAAUCCUCCUUGUCCGCCAUGUAAGCAUCACGUGUCCAAAAGUAGGUCCCACAUCUAACGUGGCGACAAAUAAGUGGCCGUUAUUUGGGUGCGAACUACGCUUCGGCGUGGCAGAGAAGCGAUGCAAGGCGGUCAUUUCUUUGAACGCAAGUAUCAACGAGGGAGAUCUUCCCAAAAUUUUCAUCCAUAUUCUCUGCAACCGAUCAAAGAAUCCCCAUGUCGCCGAUUCGGUUUCUGCCCAAUUUUAGGGUUUCUUCUCAUUUUCUUGUCUGUUGGAUCGUCCUCAGCUGCUUUCCAGGGUUCAUAUCUUCUGCAAUUGUUACACUUGAUUCUGUUGUGAUUUUUAAAACCCACGAGUGGCUAGAAAAACCAACAUUUUAUUUUCAAUGUCAAGGAGAGAAUAUGACAGUUAUACCAGAUGUGAAGAAAACACAUGUCUUAUAUACUUUUAAGGGUGAAGAAUCUUGGCAGCCUCUGACAGAAAUUGCAGUUAAAAAAUGCAAGCGCUGUGGGUUCUAUGAAAAGGACAGCAUAAAAUCAGAUGAUGUGUUCGAUGAGUGGGAGUUCUGCCUUUCUGAUUUUAUAGCUUCUGAUGGAAAAUAUGUUCAUUUCAAGAACAAAGAAUUCAAUGCCACAUUUUUAUGUCCAGAGUGUAUACCUCUUCAAAAAGCUUCUGACCACACUACUGGCUCACAUGAUGGAGGAAAGGGAGUGCAUCUCGUUCUAGUGAUAAUGGUCAGUGCUUUGGUUUCAAUUGUAUCUGUUUUAGCAGUUGUGGCUGUGUAUAAGUACUGGCAAAAGAGGAAGAGGGAGCAAGAUCAGGCUCGGUUUCUGAAGCUUUUUGAAGAUGGUGAUGACAUUGAGGAUGAAUUGGCACUGUAAUAUGAUAAGUGGCAUCUUAUGUUGCUUCACAACCUCCUACUACUUGUACAGCAAGUUGGGCCUGGCUAAUUUUGUUCCGUUGGAAGAAGAGGACAACACGUGACCAGACAUCAACAAAUAAGAGGGUAGCUCUCUUCUGAAAGAAAGCCAAAAACUACUAUGCAUUUUGCAGUUUCUGGAUGUAGAUCCUGGAAAAAAUUAGGCUGCCUCAUUGUAGAGGGGUGUCUAAAUGAUUUAGAGCUGGUAUGAUAUGUGGGAAGCUAAUUGAUUUAAGGCCCAUGCCAAUCACCCAAACGGUUCAUGGUCCAUGAUGACACCAACCAGCGUUGAACCUGUCUCGUCCAUAGGGAUGCUUGCAUUACAAAUAGAGAUUGGUGGAAUUUGAUAAUUAGUUUUGAUUCCACAGGAACACUAGUAAUUGUACAUGAUUUUAUUGAUUUAAUCUCCAGGCGUCCUCUCGGUGAUCA